CUAUUAAUAUUAUCAGUUUUGUCCAAUUAUCGUACACGGAUUACGAUAAGAUUUGCACGCCGCUGAUGAUUAUCCGAGUAAUAAUAUCACCGUAAUUAUUCAAACUCUCCAACGCGAGUGUAGUAAAAUUAUUGUGAUUCGUUCCGAGUUUUACACCGAUCUUAAGGACCUUUUUGGAUUUUUAUAAACCUGCACCCGUCUGCACACCAAGUCCACUUCUUCUUCGCCUCCGUUUCACAGGAAACAAGGAGGAAUCGGAGCGUCGUUAGCGAAUCCUUCGACUUCGUUAUCCUGCAUGAUUAGGAGCUACAUGGGUUCGACUGUUGUCUAAAAACAAUAUAUUUAUAUAUACACACAUAUAGAUAUAUACCUGAAAAUACAGGAAUUCGAAAGACAGAAAGAAAAAAGAUCCGUCCUCGAAGCACUGCCAAUGUAAGCGAAUCAACAAGGAUCGCAAUACGAGAAAAAAAAAAAAGAAAAAUAGAAACUAUACUAGAUAGAAGAAAUUAAGAAGAAAAAACAAAACCGUGUAAAAUGGAAUGAUCGUUAUCAUAAUCAUCAUCACGGUGGAAAAAUGCAUCGUCAAAUCGAGGGUGACGAAGUCGGUGUAACCAGAAAGUGUGAAUCGCCGAUUUAUAGGUGUCAAUGAUGAAAAGACGAACGUUGUUGGAUGAAAAUUGUUAGAUCAGCUGACCAAAGAGAUUAAAAAAAAAAAAAAAAACUAAAUAAAAAACAAAAAAUUUAAAGCCACCAACAACACAAAUAGCAAAAAUAUCUAAUGCGGGCAUAGAUGAUUACUGGUAACAAAAAACGCCGUCACCAUAGCCGUAAUUUUCACUCUGGUCAUCGACGCCGUUAGAAGAAGAUCAUGCUGGGAGUGAGCCAGCCGAGUAAUCCGCCCUCGAGCCUUAGGCACUCGGCGAGUUUCUCAUGCCUGCAGCGGGGGGGCGCCGGCGGAGAGGGUCACAGAGCGAGGACUUCGACGCUGCCGCAGCAGCCGAACCCCCAGCACAGUUUGGGGGUCUCAGUGGGGUCGCAGGGGUACGUGGUCAGCACGAAGGGGGACGUGGGCGAGGACCGAAUCCUGCAGGUGGAUUCAAACGACUAUGGUUUCGCGCGCACGCGUCCGCGGCUGCGCAGCACGACGGGAGUUCUUUACGAGGAGGAGGGGGGCGCUGGUAGUUUCAGAGAGACGCUGCAGAGGGCACGAGAGCGCGAGCUCGAGGCUACGCCGGCGAAGGGGCGGGACUAUGGGAAGAAUUUCGCUACCAACAACCCACUACGCGGUGCCCUGAAUCUCCUCACAACGUCGACCUCGUCCUGGUGGAAGUUCAGGCCCCGGGACGAGGCCCUGCCGACCCCGGAACGGAAGUGGUCCAGCUCAACGAGCUCCACCCCCAACGACAGAGGUGACCGGAAGUGGUCGGCGAGCUCAGCCGUGACCACUUCGUCCGUCGCUUCUCCUGGAAAUGAGCGGAAGUGGGCGGCAACAACCGGCGUCUCCGCCUCAUCGGGCUCCGCCAGUCAGGAUCGUCGCUGGCGCUCUCUUGGCGCGCUACUCCGGACCCCCGUCCAGGGCCCAGUUCACUCCGGAGUCGCACCUGAGGCCCCAAGCUCCGCCCCCCGCGCCAGGGCCGCCACACGCAACGUGCAGCCCCAGGGCUCUCACUCGGCUCGCACCUCGCGCACGGGCCGUGAGCUCUAUCGAGAGAGCUGUGAGCUCGUCGUGCCUUCCAACAACGAACGCUCGCGCGUCAGUCGGCGGUUGUAUCAGGAUCCUCCAGGGGCGGAGGACGAGUCUGGGGCCCGCGCUAAUCGUGCCCAGAGCUUUUACCUCCUCGACGAUUUCCUCAAGCCUCAGCCCGCUGGGCCCACCUCACUCUCGCAAUCUUUUACCUCGUCUUCGAGCUCCUUUGCACCCCAGAAUGGCACCCUGACACACAGAGCACCUGAGAUACCUAAAAAUGGAACACAGAUCUCCCUGGCCGCCAGUGUCGUGUCCAACGGCACACCACCCAGGAGACACAACUCGAGCUCCGACAGCCUCGAGGUUGCCACAAGUCCCCUGCCGCCCCCCGUACCACCGCCACCACCGCAGAUUCUCACUGCCAAGGAGUGGCGCGAUAGCAGGAGCGAUGGAGUCAACAGGGAAAAGGAACUAUGCCCUUGCAGGAUGUGCAGGAACGCCAGACACCAGAAGUCGGUUAACGAGGAGAGUCCGGGAGCCUUGCACAAGGAUGUUGGAGGCGGUGGGACGAAGGCAGGAAGCAAAACAAUCGUUGGAGUCGGGGGUGGAGGCGUUGGAUCCGCAACUCUGACCUCCUUGUCGUCGAUCAAGAACUCGACUAACCAAAGCCGAACCAAACACAACUCGGUGCCCCACGAGAAAUUGACGUCCCUUGGACUGGCAAAAGCAACGCGUCUCGACAGACAUGACAAUAACAACAGCAACGGCAAUGGCAACAAUGGGAACAAUUCAACGAUCAACAACAAUCACAACAUGUUUCACGAUCCACUUCAUGCUGGAACGCAUUUCGAUGCUUACGGAAGGAGACUACCCAUGACGCCACAGGAAGCCCUGAAGUAUUACGGAUCCAGGAUGACAGAGUUUGAACGAGCCGAAGUUGAGAAGUACUCAGAAAUCUGGUACUUGGGACUUGAGGCGUGCAAAAUACACGGUGAAGAGGGCGCUUCUCAGAACGGCGGAUACGACGACGAUAAUGGAAGCUACAACAAAGUUCUUCACGACCACAUCUCGUACAGGUACGAGAUUCUCGAAGUGAUUGGUAAAGGUAGCUUCGGCCAAGUUAUCAGAGCGCUGGAUCACAAGACGGGACAACAUAUUGCCAUUAAAAUCAUAAGAAACAAAAAGCGGUUCCAUCAUCAGGCGCUUAUAGAAGUGAGGAUCUUGGACCACCUUAGGAAGAAAGACCAAGAGGCUCACACGUCGCACAAUGUCAUUCACAUGCUGGAGUACUUCUACUUCAGGAAUCAUCUUUGCAUAAGUUUCGAGCUCAUGAGUUUGAACCUCUACGAGCUGAUAAAGAAAAACAACUAUCAGGGCUUCAGUCUGAGUCUCAUACGAAGAUUCGCAAACUCGCUUAUACAGUGCCUGAGACUGCUCCACAGGGAGAACAUAAUCCACUGUGAUUUGAAGCCGGAAAACGUGCUUCUCAAACAGCGCGGUAGUAGCUCGAUAAAGGUGAUCGACUUUGGAUCAUCAUGCUACAGUCAUCAGCGGGUAUAUACUUACAUACAAUCGAGGUUCUACCGAAGUCCCGAGGUGAUUCUAGGCCUGCCUUACGGUACUCCGAUCGACAUGUGGAGUCUCGGAUGCAUUCUGGCCGAACUCUACACGGGCUAUCCUCUGUUCCCUGGUGAAAACGAGGUCGAACAACUCGCCUGCGUUAUGGAGGUCCUCGAUCUGCCCCCAGAUCAAUUGAUCAGCCACGCUUCUCGAAGAAGACUUUUUUUCGACUCAAAGGGAAGCCCCAGAUGUUUGACGAAUAGUAAAGGAAAAAAGAGAUGGCCCGGUAGCAAGAACGUUGCGGUAGCUCUUGGAUGCAAGGAUAGACUUUUCGUUGACUUCGUCAGUAGAUGCCUGGAAUGGGACGCGAAGAAACGAAUGACGCCAGAAGAGGCGAUGCGUCACGAGUGGCUGAACAGUUCGUCGUCGUCAUCGUCGUCCUCCAACCUGAGCAACUCGAUGCAAGGGAUGACGGGAUCGUCGGUGGUGAGCUCGGUUGUGAGCACGGUUGUCGAGCCUGCGCAGCCCGCGCAUGCGCAGACGGUAACUGUAGGUGGUGGUGGGGGUCCGCGUCAGCGAGCAACGACUAUGGAGGAUCCCCAGCAGCAAUAUUCGCUGUACAGACUGUACCGGGGUAAGAAGUGCGUCUCGAAGAUAUCGGCCCCCAUAGACGGUAGUGCCGCGGAUGGAACAUGCGGCGGCAACUCGCUUGGCGUGAACAAGAGCAAGCUGAACGGAAGUGCUAGCAGCCAUGCGUUGGCCAGUGGCGUUCAGGCGCCGGCACCGCGACACGCAUCGACGGGAGACAUCGUGGCGAGUUUAGAUCCAAAUUUGGACGACUCUGGUACCUUCUUGCCACCGAUAUUGUGAAGCCAGGUAUGCGCUAGCCACUUUUAAUAGGUAUGGAAAAGAUCGAAGUAAAGAAGCUGCUGCUGAACCGAAGAGACGCGUUUGUCUUUGUGCGUUUUUCGCAGGCUUUGUUUCGUUUUUAAUCACCUCUCGGACGUUGGAAUUGAAUGUUAUCCAGAAUUAUUUAGUAGAGCAGAAACCGCGCUGAUUGGUGGUUUCUGGAAAUCGAAUUGUCAGCCUGAAAGCGGGCAACCCGUUUUUCACGGUUUUACUCCGCCGGUAUAAUGAUGGCGCGGGCGUAAGGCGGGUUGCCCGCAUCAAGGCUGUGGUUUAGUUUUCUAAGUAUAAAUUAAGCGGUAUGAAAAAUCGCCCGUUUCCGUUUACCUGUAACCGUGGCGGAAUCGAAGCGCCAGUAGCCAGAGUUGAUGAAAUCAUUAGCGAGCCCUGAGAGCUAAAGGGGCAAAUUUGUGCCGUUCUCGGCUGGUAUUUGAAAAAGGUAAAUAAAUAUAAAUGAAUAAAUAAACUGGCUUAAGUUGGCCUGAUUAGUACUAUUGUGAUAUUACACUACCACUGUCUUACUUAGAUCUCCAAUAUUAAAAAGUAACUGAUACUAAUUAUACGUUAUUAUCAUUAUUAUUAAUAAUAUUAUUACUAUUAUUAUUAUUGGUAUUAUUAUAAUCAUCGUCAUUAUAUGAUAAGAUAUAACGCUAUAUUGGAAUUAGAAAACGAAGCAGUGAAUGAUGCAAAAAAAAGUAGAUAGAAAAAGAAAAAUAUCGUUACAAACUAUACAUAUUAUAUAUUAUAUAUGCGUACAUUCGCACCUGAAUA